ACACAGCCUCCAGCCUCCGGAGCACCGUCCUGGCCUUGGCACUGGCACAAGCUAUGGCAAAUGAAGUGCAAGUCCUGCUCUCCCCGCUGAAAGGGGGGCAUCCUCCUGCAGUAAAGGCUGGAGGAAUGCGAAUUUCCAAAAAACAAGAAAUUGGCAUCCUGGAGAGACAUACCAAAAAAACAGGAUUAGAGAAAACAAGUGCCAUUGCAAGUGUUGCCAAACUCCAGGCCAUGGAUGCUCUGAAUGACACGCUGGAGAAGCUCAGCCAUAAAUUUCCAGCAGUAAUUCAUAUGGCACAUCAAAAACCCAGACCUGCCCUGGAGAAGGUCACUCCACUGAAAAGGAUCUACAUUAUUCAGCAGCCUCGAAAAUGUUAAGCUGGAACGUAAAACACAGGCGUCUGGCCAACUGCCGCAAACAUCUGACAGCUUAGCGAAAAGGACCAAAAUGUUCCAUAGGCCUAGUGCACUUGCUUGGUAAAUAAAACAGCUUUUAUAUCUUCUCUUUUGACUUUAGAUAAUAAAGCAUCCAAAUUU